AUGGACUUGCAGUCUUUUGACGACGACAUCAUGUCGUUUCCUGAACCUUCUGAUUUCGACUAUGCCGCCUUUCUGCAGGCCGACGACAUGGGCUUCAUGGAUUCGAUGCAGGGCCAGUCGACAGCGUCGCUCUCGGGCUCUUCAGGAGAAGGGAUGCACACGCCGCCUGGUCCCAGCGCCAGGCAGCGGCUUGAGAGAAGAGGCCACACCAAGAGCCGCCGAGGAUGUUACAACUGCAAGCGGAGGCGCAUCAAGUGCCAAGAGACACAUCCAGCCUGCGGUCACUGUCUCAAGACAGGCCUGAAAUGCGAGUAUCCCGCCUCGCCCCAGAUCACGCACCAGCCUCACAACCAGAUACCCCUCUUCAGCUUGCAGGACAUGCGAUGUUUUCAAUACUUCUUGACCCAGUGCUAUCCCCACCAUCCUCUCAAGCAGGAGGAGAUCUGGACCCACGAGAUUCCAAGCAUAGCACAUAACCAUGAAUUCCUUAUGCACGCUAUCCUGGGCUACGCAGCCUCCGAAUUGAUGCAUACCGAUAGCAGCCUGGCGUCCGUGGCCAUGGGACACCGCAUCAAGGCCGUCAAGGCGAUCAAGAAACGACUGACAGAGACGUCAAAGAUGGACUUGACUUACGAGGAGGCCAACGCUCUGGUGGCGACGUGCUUUGCACUGACAUUUCAAUCCGUCAGCCUUGAGGAUGGACUGGCCGAGUACAUGACGUUCAUCCGCGGCAUUGUCAUUGUGGGGAUGCAGAUGAUGUUUAAGAGCAUCAAGCCCCUUUUCAACAACCUGUUCGAAUCGAACAAUGAUGAUGUCCUCGCGCCAUAUAUGGAGGGACUGCCGCUGAUUCAGAGGGGAUGGGCGGAGGCAGCUAUUGAGUCCAUUGAAAGAUUAGGUCCCCUGUGUACGCGACAGGUCGAAAUCGAUUACCACGGACAUCUGAAGACGAUUUCAUCCUGUCUCCUCACUAAUUCAUUCGAAGCAUACAAGGCCAAUUCGAGACAAUACGCAUGGUGGAUGCUGCUGCCCCAUGCCUUGUUCCAGGAUCUCAUCAACGCAAAUAACCAGGUCGUUAUCCUCUUGCAUACUCAUUGGAUAGCGCUGUCGCAAAUCAUGGCCUUCAUCAACGAGCAAGAAUAUGCUGUGCGAGAGAAGCACCCUGCUCGGCAAGACAAUCGGAUGGAUCCCGGAUUCAUUCGUUGGCUCAAACACCUCAACGCGCGAGUGGAUCACGAACAUCAGAUGUUCAACGAGUGGCCGAGAUGGGUUGAUGAACAGUUGGACAAUGACAUUACCUUUUUUGGAAAGCGUUUGUAG